ACUUAUUACGAGGAGGAGGCGAGACUGUGACAGCCCAUCUUCAAAGCGACAACCCGGUGCACUAUUGAAACAGUGGUCGGCGUAGUGAUUCAGGAGCUAACCGGUAGCUGACUGUCUCGUGCUCUCUCCGUGUGUGUAGUGAUUGUCCGUGUGUGUGUGUGCGCGCGCGCGUGAGUGAGAGAGAGAGACGUGGGACACCGAGGCAAGGGGGAGAGCUCAUUCCACUACACGGCAGUCCUCCAUGGCUCUGUGCAACGGAGACAGCAAGCUGGAGGUCAGCAGCACAGAGCAGAAUGGAUCAUGUGAGGGGGCGGUGGCGAUCCUGGAUGCUGGGGCCCAGUAUGGGAAGGUGAUUGACAGACGGGUGCGAGAGUUGUGUGUGCGCUCUGAGAUCCUCCCUUUAGAGACCCCAGCCUUCGCUCUCAGAGAACAGGGUUACAGGGCAAUCAUUAUUUCUGGAGGUCCAGCCUCUGUGUAUGCAGAAGAUGCCCCCUGGUACGACCCUGCCAUCUUCACCAUAGGAAAACCUGUCCUUGGAAUUUGCUAUGGGAUGCAGAUGAUGAACAAAGUCUUUGGUGGCACAGUACACAAAAAGAGUGUAAGGGAGGAUGGAGUAUUCAGUAUUGGACUAGAUAACACUUGUUCUCUCUUCAGAGGCCUUCAGAAAGAGGAACUGGUCCUGCUGACCCAUGGAGACAGUGUAGAUAAAGUGGCUGAUGGCUUUAAAGUGGUGGCUCAGUCAGGGAACAUCAUUGCUGGGAUUGCUAAUGAACAGAAGAAGAUGUAUGGGACACAAUUCCACCCGGAAGUUGACUUGACAGAGCGAGGCAUGGAGAUGCUGCGCAACUUCCUUUUUGAGAUUGCAGGAUGCACAAGUAAUUUCACUGUACAGAACCGCCAGCAGACCUGCAUCAAUGAGAUCCAAGAAAAAGUAGACAAAUCUAAAGUGCUGGUCCUGCUGAGUGGUGGAGUGGACUCCACAGUGUGUACAGCGCUCCUGAACAAAGCUUUGAACCAUGACCAGGUGAUAGCAGUUCACAUUGACAAUGGCUUCAUGAGGAAGAGAGAAAGUCAGAGUGUGGAGGAAGCCCUGACCAAGCUGGGCAUCAAACUCAAAGUGGUAAAUGCGGCUCACACCUUCUACAAUGGAACAACCACCCUUCCCAUCUCCGAGGAAGACAGGACACCACGGAAACGCAUUAGCAAGACCUUGAAUAUGACCACUAACCCUGAGGAGAAAAGAAAAAUUAUCGGAGACACGUUUGUCAAGGUGGCGAACGAAGUGAUAGGAGAGAUGAAUCUAAAGCCAGAGGAGGUCUUUCUGGCUCAGGGAACCUUGAGGCCCGAUCUCAUCGAGAGUGCCUCUCAUCUUGCCAGUGGCAAGGCAGAGCUCAUCAAAACACACCACAACGACACUGAGCUCAUCCGCAAACUAAGAAAUGAGGGAAAAGUAAUCGAACCACUGAAAGAUUUCCAUAAAGAUGAGGUCAGAGCGCUGGGGAGGGAGCUUGGCUUGCCAGAAGAGAUUGUCUCCCGACACCCAUUUCCAGGUCCGGGUUUGUCCAUCAGAGUCAUUUGUGCAGAGGAACCUUACGUUUGUAAGGAUUUUGCUGAAAUAAACAACAUCCUAAAAAUCAUCACAGACUUCUCUGCAAGUGUCAAAAAGCCCCAUACCCUGCUGCAGAGAGUCAAGUCAUGCAUAUCAGACGAGGAGGAGGAGAAGCUCAUGCAGAUCACCAGCCUUCAUUCACUCAAUGCCUUCCUGCUGCCCAUCAAAACUGUUGGCGUCCAGGGUGACUGCCGAUCCUACAGUUACGUGUGUGGCAUCACAAGUAAAGAGUCUCCACACUGGGAAUCUCUCAUGUUCCUGGCCAGACUCAUCCCUCGCAUGUGCCAUAGCAUCAAUAGAGUCGUGUAUGUAUUUGGGUCCCAUGUGAAGGAGCCUCCAACAGACAUUACUCCAACCUUCCUGACCACAGGCGUUCUAAGCACGCUCAGACAGGCUGACUUUGUAGCCCACUCUAUCCUUAGAGAGUCUGGCUACUCUGGUAAGAUCAGCCAGAUGCCGGUCAUCCUGACCCCCCUGCACUUUGACCGUGAUCCACUGCAGAAGCAGCCAUCCUGCCGGCGGUCUGUGGUGGUGCGGACCUUCAUCACCAGCGACUUCAUGACUGGCAUCCCCGCAAUGCCUGGCAACCACAUCCCAGAAGAGGUGGUGCUAAAGAUGGUGAAUGAGAUCCAGAAGAUUCCAGGCAUCUCCAGAGUCAUGUAUGAUCUGACCUCCAAACCACCAGGCACCACAGAGUGGGAGUAAAACACCGAUGUGAUGUCACACCAACAGGACACACACGCACUCACACACACACAAUGCACAAACACACUCAACAUAAUUCAGAGAGAGCUGGUGAACUCCUCUGCUCCUCUUCUGUACUUCCUCCCUUUCAACCUCUCUCCUUCUCACCACUCCUCUCCCCUCUAGCCCCGCCCCCACCCCCCCACCCUCCUCUUUAACAUUCCCAAGGAAGGCAGACUGUACUGUGAUGAGCGCAAAAGCAAAGGCGCUACCACUCUGCUCUCCCCAUCACUCCUCCCUAGUCUUAAUAUUUUUGGUGAUAGGGAUUGAUAAAUGUUGGUUAUUGAUAAUGUAUUGUUAUUUUGAUCCAUAUUUUUCUCUCUGUGACAAAAAAAAAGAUAAAUUGCUGCUUCCUUUUGUGAGGUUAACCAUUAAAGGCAAGUGGCAAGAAGCUGUGAAAGUUCAGAAAGUGAACUUGAUGUUGUGCCUCAGGUUAUGGAAAGAGCUGAACAUGAAAGAAGCAAACAGUGUAAUGAAAUAGAAAAAAAAACAUAGUAGUAUUUGAAACUCAACGCAAUUGUUGUCUGUCUUUUGUUGUCGGAUGUUUUUGUUGUAUUACUGUGGGUCAGAUUGUUCUCCGCCCCAAGUCUAUCUCAGUUAGUUAAUUUUUCUCUUUCUGCCUGUAUACUGUGCUCUGAAAUAGGUUGUUGAGCAGAAGUACGACAGAACAGACAACCUGUUUGACCAAUCAACCAACCUUAAGCUUUUUGUUUUGCCAAAAGUAGAAUAUACUGUGGUGAUGUAUAAUAUUGUGGGCUCCUCUGGUGAUCUCGCUGUAUCCACUGGAAGAGCAGUCAUUAAGGGUAUCUUCAGCGUGAUGGCCGCUGUGCAGGAGGCCAGAACGAUGGGUAAAUGUUUGUGCCUGGUUUUUUUUGUUUUUGUUUUUUUAUAUAACCCAAACUGGACUCUUGCUGUUUCCAGAGAAGAGGAUGUAACACUGUCACUGUUUCUCCUGAUGCUGCAAUCUGUAUGCUUUUUAACAAAACUAAACAUGGCAAGAUCACUAAUAUCAAAUUUAGGAUUAUGUUACAGUUUAAAUCCACAUUGUCUAAAUUGCUUUUGUCACUUCAUACUCGCGACAUGUUUUUGCAUAUUUCAUUUUUUUUUCCCUCACUCAUUAAUCCCUGAUUCUUUAUCAACACAACAGAAUCAAACAUCCAGUGGGACCUUCUCAAACGUAUUACUGUCUAGUGUCAAAGAGCAUCUUAUGAGAACUGUUAACGUGUUCGCUGUCAUUCAUUUCUAGUUUUCAGUCAGGUCAGUGAACACAGUGCUCAGGUUUAACUGAGUGUUUAAACGUUGUUGUUGUGCCCCAUUAGAAACAUUUUACUUGGACACGAUGGUUCUCUCACCUCCAGAAUUUAUCUUCAUCCCUCUCCCCCUCUGUUAUAUCCUCCUCACCAUUUAGUGACAAAAUACUCCUAAUGCAAAAACAUUGGUUUUCUUAACUUGUCUUAAAUGCUUCCAGUGUUUCUCCCUCAGUUCUGCCUUUUAUGCGUGCGUUUUAUGUUGCAUAUAUCUCCAUAGAACAGCUCGGCGAUAACCGACAUAAAAUGUUUGUAGGCUGAUUUACUUGCAAUAUUGAUAAGAUUAAGUUAUGCAACUCUUUGUCUGAUGUUAUAUUUUGUUUUUUUUCUGUUCAACAAUGCUUGUUCUCCUCAGUAAUGUGCCUCAAAACAAGCCACUGCAUGCAGUUUCAACAAAGACCACAUUUGUACAAUGGACAACUGAGCUUUAAUAAAGACCUCCAUGUUGAAACUU